CGACGACUAGGCCGGGCUCAGUCGCUCAGUUCGCUGGGGCCUGGAGGCUUUCGUCCACUUGAGUCCCAAACAUGGAAAAGGUUUUAAGCUUCAUAAUUUGUCUAUAUUUUCUUUUUCUUCCGUUUCUCCGCAGCCAAACAGCGCAGCUUGUAGCUCUAAAUUGAAGAAAAGGCAUUACAUUUGUAUGGAGCCCUGAGAAUCAUUGCACCUCGAUGGGUCAUCCGAUGCCGGCAGUGAGCGCGAAGAGCACUCCAACAUUUCCGCCUGAUGUUCUGAAGUGUAGUUCUCAAAGGGAGCAAAAGAAGUCGUUUAAAGAAGACAAGCCAUUCAGUUUUUUACAUGUUUUCUGGGAGGGUCUUGUAGCUGGAGGUAUUGCUGGUGUUGUUGUUGAAGCAGCUUUAUAUCCAAUUGAUACAAUAAAAACUAGACUUCAGGCUGCUCAUGGUGGAGGAAAAAUUGUAUUGAAGGGUCUCUAUUCUGGAUUGGCAGGAAAUCUUGCUGGUGUCUUACCGGCCUCUGCGAUAUUUGUUGGUGUAUAUGAACCUACAAAGCAGAAACUGCUGAAGACCAUCCCUGAAAACCUUAGUGCUUUUGCUCAUUUGACUGCAGGUGCUGUUGGCGGGGCUGCAUCUUCUCUUGUUCGUGUGCCAACAGAGGUUGUUAAGCAAAGAAUGCAGACUGGGCAAUUUGCUUCUGCAACUGAUGCUGUUCAACUUAUUGUUGCCAAGGAGGGGUUUAAAGGUCUCUAUGCGGGAUAUGGAUCCUUUUUAUUGCGAGAUUUACCUUUUGAUGCUCUCCAGUUUUGCAUCUAUGAGCAGCUACGGAUAGGGUAUAAGCUAGCGGCACAGAGGGACUUGAAUGAUCCUGAGAAUGCUAUGAUUGGUGCUUUUUCUGGUGCAAUAACAGGAGCUAUAACUACUCCUCUUGAUGUGAUAAAGACUAGAUUAAUGGUUCAGGGAUCUGCAAACCAGUACAAAGGGAUUUUUGACUGUGUUAGGACUGUCAUAAGAGAAGAAGGAACUCCUGCUCUUUUCAAGGGUAUCGGGCCAAGAGUACUCUGGAUAGGUAUUGGAGGUUCAAUUUUCUUUGUCAUUCUUGAAAGGACAAAGCAGGUGGUUGCCCAAACGCACACUAGGACUGAGAAGAAGACAUGGAGUAGAUUCCUUCUGAAAGCCAUUUUUUGGGUCCUGUUGUGUUUGGAUUACACCUGGAAUCAAUAUGAAUAUUGAGAGCUUUGAGUUAGAUUUUUUCUGUUCGAAUAAAAAGAAGUGGUUACUUAUUAUGCUAA